AUGGAUCCAAACAAUUUACCCGACUGGAACACAUUUUACAACGAAUGUGUGGAGGAUUUUAUGAAUGACACGUUCGUUGAAGAUAUGAUGCAGCAGGAGAUGGAGUUCUAUCAACAACAACAACAUGCCAACACCGUUAGGCCCAAGAAAACAAGAAGAGUAAUAAAGAGAGAUCGUGAAGUUGGGAACGAGCGGUUGAUGAAGGACUACUUCUCUGAAAAUCCUGUAUACACGGAAGAGCUUUUCCGACGAAGGUUUCGAAUGCGAAAGCAUGUGUUCCUCAGAAUUGUAGAGGCCCUUGGGUCUUAUAACCCGUACUUUUUAAUGUCCGUUGAUGCAGUUGGAAGACAAGGUCUAUCACCAUUACAAAAGUGCACCGCCGCUAUUCGUAUGUUAGCGUAUGGAUCACCUGCUGACAGUGUUGAUGAAUACGUUAGAAUUGGUGAAAGUACUGCAAUUGAGUGCUUAAAGAAUUUUGUAGAAGGUGUGUGUGAAGUAUUUGGUGGGCAAUACUUGAGGCGUCCAAACGAGGAAGACAUGACACGCCUACUUCAAUGGGGGGAGUCUCGUGGAUUUCCAGGCUCAAAUAAUGACAUUACUGUGCUAAACCAAUCUCCCGUGUUUAAUGAGGUUUUGCGUGGAGCUGCUCCCAUGGUGAAAUUUAGAGUGAAUGAAACAAUGUAUCACAUGGGAUACUAUCUAGCAGACGGUAUCUAUCCCGAGUGGGGUACAUUUGUGAAGACCAUCCCAAUGCCACAAGGAGAAAAAAAGCAAAAGUUUGCCAAAAGACAAGAAGCAGCAAGAAAGGACGUGGAACGUGCAUUCGGAGUGCUCCAAUCUCGGUUUGCGAUUGUCCGUGGUCCAUCACGCUGGUGGCAUCCGAAUGACAUGAAGUCAAUCAUCUAUGCUUGCAUCAUAUUGCAUAACAUGAUUGUUGAAGAUGAGCACAACACGUACAAAGACACUGAAGAGGUAUUUGCUUUUGAACUUUUAGCUGAUGCUGUGAUAUUGUAUGCAAAUCCAGGAUUUAUGGGAGCGAACAUUCGUAUUUGGCAGUUUCUUAGUUCGUGCGCGGUAUUGUUCUUGUUAUCCUUUUCUGUUUUUGAUGUUUGCUGUGAUGACUGA